UCCAGUAACUCACAAACAAACCGACUUGGGACGCAUCGACAGACACACCGCCAUGAUCCGCCACGAUUACUCGCGAGUAGAACCAAAGCGUCGCGCCUAUAUCGAUCCCAAAAAGCGGCAGUUCGCCAAAGCGGAGUUUGCGCAACAGAACUACGAGCACCGGCUCAACUUCUAUACCUUGCCGCCCACGGCAGAGAUCACGCUCGAAGAAUUCGAGACAUGGGCAAUAAACCGGCUGAAAGUUCUCUCCGAAUUGGAGGCGUGUAGCUUCCGCAACCGCAGCCAGGAGGAGACGGCAGAAUACAUGACGAGCAUACUGAAUAAAUACCUUCCCCUACGAUCGAAUUCAUCACGAGGGGCGAACCUUCAGGAGGAAAGGAAACGGGACCACUACUCGCACUUUAUUCUCCGCCUCGCAUUCUCUUCCACCGAAGACCUACGGCGGCGGUUCUCACAUCUGGAGACGAUAUUGUUUCGCUUAAGGUUUAGGGAAGAUGACCCGAGGGAGCGACAAGAUUUCGUCAGGACUCUAGAUUUAGAGUGGGAGGAGGUUGGGGAGGAUGAGAAGCGGGAGCUGCGAGGCCAGAUGCUGGCUGCGAUUGGGUCGAAGAAGGGAGAGGAGCAAGACUGGUUCAAGGUCGACUGGGAAAGGGUCCCAGAGCUCGUCAGCCAGAGGAAGGUGCUUCUGAAGCGGGGAAUGGCAUACGUGCCGGCACGAGAACAGACAAGUCUGGUAGUGGCCGAGUUCACCAAGCGAUUAGAUGAGCAGCUCGAGUUGACUGCCCGCGCGCUCCCACGCCUAGACGAAGACGACCGCCUCGCCCCCAUCCUCGCACACCUCUCCCAAUCCUUCACCGCCCCCGAAGCAGCCUACUCCUCCUCGGACGCCAACAUCGACGGCCUCUCCGCCAUCAAUGCCGGCGCAAUCGACACCCUUUCCCAAAACUUUCCCCUCUGCAUGCAAAACCUACACAUGACGCUCCGCGCAAACUCGCACCUCAAGCACUACGGGCGUCUGCAGUACACGCUGUUCCUCAAAGGCAUCGGUCUUAGCCUCGAGGAAUGCAUAAUCUUCUGGCGGCGCUCCUUCAAGCUUAUGACCGACGACAAAUUCCACAAAGAAUACAAGUACAACAUCCGCCACUCGUACGGCGACGUCGGCGGCGACGCCAACCGCCGCGGCCGUGGCUAUACACCAUACUCCUGCCAGAAGAUACUGACGGAGGCGCUGCCGGGCCCCGGGCAAACCCAUGGGUGUCCCUACCGAACAUUCACGGUGGAGAAUCUCACGGGGCUGCUUCAGCGCGUAGGCGUGCAGGACAGGGAGACGCUCCAGGGUGUAAGGGAGGAUGUCAAGAAGCAGCGGUACCAUGUUGCGUGUAACCGCGUGUUUGAAAGUGUGCAUAAGAAGGAAAUUAAGAAGGUGAAGGAUGAGGGGAGCUGGAGCGCGACGGAUUUGGAUACCAUUGUGCAUCCGAAUACGUAUUUUAAGCGGAGUUGGUUGCUGAAGCACUUAGGGGAGGGGAAUGCGGGGAUUGUGGGUGGAGACAAGAUGGAGGAGUAGCGAUGGGCUGAGGGCGGUCUGCAUGGUUGGAGUUUGGAGUG